AUGGGGAAAAUGCCAAAGAGUACGACUCGGUCGAAGAAGGGUGGAAAAUGGCAGCAGCAAAAAAGUCGAGUCGCCAUUGAAUCAGGCGAGUCCGGCGUCUUCUUAACAUGCGACAUGGGCAGAGAAAGCAAAUGUUUGAGAGAAGCUAUAGACGUUUUUUCUCAGGCUAUCGAAGGUGACGAGAAGCCGACAGAAGAAGAGUCGGACUCAGAUGACGAAGACAUCGAGGCCCAGAUCCGCAGGGAGCUGGAAGGCUUACAGCCAAGCAAAGACAAACCUCGUCAAUUCCAGGGUGUACAGAUGGAACUUCCAUGUGUGGUCUGGAUGCGUCUUGAUCCUUCGAUAGACCCGGUGCAGCUCGUUCACCGUCUGUGUCUCGAGGCAGAAGCCAAUCCGGAGACAAAAAAGAGCCGAUAUAUUAAGCGCAUGCAUCCAAUCACGUCGAUCCGGAAGACUCUGAGUGUUGACCUAGAAGCUUUCGCGAAAGAGAUUCUUAAGCCUCAUUUCCACUCCGGUGGACCUCCAAAGACGUACGCUAUUCGGCCUACUGUGCGAGGCAAUCAUAAGCUCAACCGCGACAUUAUUAUCAAGACCGUUGCCGAUGUCGUUGGCCCUGAGCAUCCUGUGAAUUUGAAGAAUUAUGAUUUGAUCAUUCUCGUUGAUGUUGUCCAGAACGUAGUCGGCAUGAGUGUGGUCGGAGGGGACUACGAUAGGCUGAAACGGUUCAACCUGGCCGAGAUCUACGACCCAACCCCCAAAGCAGGAGAGGACACGGCUACUGAAACCCCCAAGGCCAAGGCUUAA